AUGGGCAUUUCUAUAACAUCGCAUUCUCUUUUCCCCACUGCAUUGGCAAUCAUAGUAUCCAUGAUCUCUCUCAUAGAAGCUUCCAGUGGCGGUUUUAGCGUGGAUCUCAUCCACCGAGACUCGCCAAAAUCUCCAUUCUACAAUUCUUCCUUGACUCAUUCACAACGAAUAGCUGAUGCUUUGCAACGUUCAAUGAACCGUGUCAGCCAUUUAAUGUCAACUUCAGCCCCUCCAAAAGCAGCCUCAACGGCGAUUAUCCCUGGUAUUGGAGAAUACCUGGUGAAAAUAUCAAUUGGGACACCACCUGUUGAAGCAAUAGCCAUUAUUGACACUGGCAGCGAUCUUAUAUGGACACAAUGUGAGCCUUGUGACUAUUGUUACAAGCAAAAAUAUCCUCUCUUUAAUCCUAAGAACUCUUCAACAUUCAAAAAUGUUUCUUGUCAUUCAAAUUUAUGCCAAUCUCUUCAAAGGUGGUCCUGCCAAGCAGAUAAUGGAAUUUGCCGGUAUUUAAUGAUUUAUGCCGAUAUGUCCAUCAGUCUUGGUUUUAUUGCCAAUGAUACUGUCACCUUAGGUUCCACCACUCGCUGGCCUCUAUCUCUCCCCAAAAUAGUUUUUGGGUGUGGACUUGACAAUUAUGGUAUAUUCAGUAAGUAUGGUUCAGGUAUAGUUGGCCUUGGAGGUGGACCACUUUCCCUUAUUUCUCAGUUGGGUUCCUCUAUUGGUGGCAAAUUUUCUUACCAUUUUGUUCCUCCCACUUCUCAACACUCUGGCAAAUUGAAUUUUGGUGAGGUGGUGUCCGGUACUGGGGUUGUUUCGACUCCAAUAGUUCUGAAACCCCCCCUCUCCUUCUACCACUUGACAUUGGAAGGAAUUUCUGUGGGAAAUGAAAGGUUGGACUUUUACAAUUCUUCAUUGUCAUCGAAUGCUUCUGGUUUUUCUGAGGGUAACAUCAUCAUAGACUCGGGAACAACAUUGACAAUGCUUCCAUCCGAUCUUUACCUUCGGUUGGAAUCAUCAGUGAAAAAGGCAAUUCCACUGGAACCUGUCAGUGGCCCUCAGCAACUCAACCUGUUGUGCUACAAUGCUAAGGAAAAUAUCAAUGCCCCCAUUAUCACAGCACAUUUCAAAGGUGCAGAUGUGAAGUUGAAACAACUGAACACUUUUGUUAAAUUGAGCAAAAGUGCUGUGUGCUUUGCUUUUGCCCCGUCCACAAAUGACUUUGGAGUUUUUGGUAAUUUGGCACAGAUUAAUUACUUGGUAGGCUAUGACCUCCAAAAGAAAACUGUGUCCUUCAAGCCCUGCUAG